UACUUCGUGAAAGAGCUGGUGAAGUGGCAUAAACUGGCAAAUCACUGGACCAACAUUUUAGCAAUUAAACAAGCGCUGGAUAUCAAUUUGUUAUCACAGGCAACGUCAGCGAAAGCUCCCCUUCCAAAAGUCCACACCGUCAAAAUUUAUCACAGGCAACGUCAGCAAAAGUUCGCCUUACAAAAGUCCACAUCAGAGUCAAAGUUGUCCUUACAGGGAAGCAAUAUUUACAAACACUAUGGUAAAUAUAAGCUUCAAAGGAAAUUCUUCGAAUGAUUUGCACAACUCAACGUUAGUCAACUUAUCGUCAACCGAGAGUGCCGAGUUUAAAAUCUUCAAACUGUUCUUUUAUGCAAUCAUAUUCCUUAUCAGCAUUAUUGGCAACACUCUUGUAUGUAUUGUAAUAGUUAGAAGGCAUCGAAUGCGUACCGUGACAAAUUGCUUCAUAUUAAAUCUGGCAGCAGCCGAUCUCGCCAUUACUUGUAUUUGCAUUCCAUUCGAUAUCCCAGUUCAAGAAAACAACUACAAAUGGCCGUAUGGAAGUCUUCUUUUUGUAUCUUCCCCAGGUUCGAUAUCCUCUGGUUGGAUAUUUGGAGGUAAUCUACCAAUGGCUAAUGAAACUUCCGAUUCACAAGGAGAAAUUUCGCCAACACACCUGACUUUGCAAAGGAACUCAACCUUUCCCACAUCAGCUGAUGAUGUGAUUUCAAAGAUUGAAUUUCUCAAGUACUGGAAAAUGGUGCUUUUGAUUCUUUAUUCCACAAUAUUUGCGACGAGCGCGGUGGGCAACGGUCUCGUUUGCUUCAUUAUAUUAAGGAGAAGAGCCAUGAAGAGCGUCGUGAACUAUCUUAUUUUGAAUCUUGCAGUCGCGGACCUUGUGUUUACUUGUAUAUGCAUACCGUUUGAUAUCCCAGUACAAGAAAUGGACUAUUAUUGGCCCUACGGUGCGUUUUUGUGCAGAGUUAUAUACCCUUUGCAGACUCAAACUUUGUUUGCUUCUGUGUACACUCUCGUUGCAUUGAGCCUUUCGAGGUACUGGGCCGUCGUACAUCCGCUUAGACAACAACUGAAAGUCGAGAGAGUUAAGUGGGUGAUUCUUUGGAUCUGGGUUGCAUCAUUCAUUCCGGUGUGUCCCUAUAUUGCCACCCUCCAGCUGAACCCUACGACGUUAAGUUGUGAAGAGAACUGGAAGAGUGAGAGGUCAAGGAAGGCCUACACGCUGUCACUGUUCUUUCUUCAGUAUGUGAUCCCACUGACAGUUAUUUCUUGCGCACAUCUCAGUAUUGCUUUAGACCUGAAACGAAAAACGACAACGCGGAGGAAAAGUGUUAUCCGCGAAGUUCACUACAAGGAAGCCAGAAAGGUCGCAAGGAUGUUGGCAACCGUAACAUUACUGUUUGCUGCUUGUGUCUUGCCUAAUAACAUCCUGUGGCUGUGGCUAGACUUCGGGGCAGCUGACAAAAACGUUUCUUACUUCUGGGAGCUCUUGUCGUUUGGUAACAUUGUAGUAUUUGCUAACAGUGCUCUGAAUCCCCUGUUUUACACGAUGAUGAACGACGCUUACAGAAAGGAAAUCAAGAAAGUCCUUUUAAGGUGUUUAAAAAUAGAGUAAAAUAAACAAGACAAGAAAUUUUCUCCUCCUUUGUCAAAUCAUUAACAUGUUGUGUCAUUAUUGUCAUCUGAUUUGAUUUUCUUUUUCUUUCUCAAUAUUUAUGUUACGCCAUUGAUUUUGUAUUCUUUAACUUCUCCUUAACCUUAAUUGGGAAGUGCGCUGGCCUCGUGGUUAGUGCGCUUCGGCUCUGGAUCGAGCAGUCUGGGUUCGAGUCCUG